UUUGUUUGGGAAAAAUAUUGACCAAAUGAGAGGAUGUUUUGAUGAAAUUAUGUUGUGUCUUUGAAUACACAAGAAACGUCAUUCAUUCUUCAAAUGAACAUUUUGACCCCCUAUUGGUGGCUGUCGAAAAUACAAGCUUCGAACAUUCUCUUGCUUAUUGUGGCGAUGUGUCAAAUUCAAACGAGAACACCCAACACGUUCUGGUUGCAUUCAAGCUUUGGACUUCGUGGCGAAUGAAGCGCGCAUAAAAUCAAGAAAGAAUAUUUUGAUCAUAAAAUUUAUACCGUUGUCGACGCAAUUCCAUGUGAUUGGCAUACAUUUAACUUAAAAAUCUCGAAUCAAAUGUGAAGAAUUUGAAACAAAAUGGCUGACUGUGAAAAAUCCAUAACCAAACGAUUGCGAAGAAGAUCGUCGAUUGUACCGGUUAAUUACAAUCUGGGAAAGAAACGAAAAUGGGUGGCACAUUUCAACGAAAAUUCCGGGGAAUUGCCACAAAAAAUCUCGUUUGACAUGGUUGCCGUGAAAAUUGAGCCGCCUGACCACGAAUCGGUCGAUUGCAAUCCACCGAAGAAGCGAAAAUUGGCAUUGAAAAAGUCCAAAGGCAAAUCAAAAGAGCUAAUGGCACCCAAUGCAGCGUUUAAAAUAGUUACUGUGAUAACUGAAGCACCUGAACGUGACAACAGUGAUUUGAUGCGGUUGAAGGAUGACGUGUUGUUGAAUAUGUUCCAACAUUUGGAUCUCAAGGAUCUAUGUGCAAUGGCUGAGGUUUGUAAGCGAUUCAGAGCACUCGCCGCAACCGUAUUUGGCCAGAAGUUUGAAAAAUACAAAAUCUACGGAUUGGAUCGUUUGCUAUUCCGUCGCUCAAUGCGUAAAUUCGGUCAUUUGAUCAAGUCGUUCGACAUAAGCGAAACCAUACUUGCUCGCACCGAUGUCGAUAUAAUUGCGAAGUACUGCACUCAAUUGGAAGGUUUGUUACUGUCAAUGAUGAAAAUUGACUGUGACGCAUUCAAACCAAUCUUUCCACGAUUGAACAACUUACUGGUGGAAAACUGCACAUUUGUGGGCGACAGCGACCGACUAUUUUCCAUUUGUACCAAACUCAAUGUACUGCAUAUUGACGUCGACAAAUACUACAACAUUCCAAAAUGCACAUUCCCGAAUUUGCGAACACUUCAAUUUGACUGCGGAAGCCGAUGGAAGUCCGAGUACCUAUGGCGAUUAUUGGAACUCAAUCCACAAAUCCAUUGUUUGGACAUCAUGACUCUGCCAGACGAUGAAGUCAUUGAAAAUGUUGUUCGGUGCGCCCGAAAUGUCAAAGAACUGUACAUUGGACCCGGAUUGAUUUGGAAAUUACCGAAUGAACAAAGUGCCGAAAGUCUGAUCAAAUUGGCCAAUUUGAAAGCGUUGAAGAAACUAACGUUGAUUGCCAAAGGCUUUGAUUACUGUGAAUAUGUUGGUCGGCUGGCCGAUGCAUUUUCAAAGAAAAAGGUCGCCGUUGAAUGCUUGAGAUUGGAAUCGUUUGAAAUCGAAAGCACCGAUUUACAAAGCAUUUGCAAGAUAAACACUUUACGAUUUUUGGUUUUGGAUUCGGUUCAAGAAAUUUCGGACAACGAUUUGAUUUCGAUUGGAACUAAAAUGCCCUUGCUUGAACAGAUGCAACUUGAUCUGAAAUUCAACGAUUUGCAAAAUAUCACGUGGGAUGGCGUUUCAAAAAUGAUUCAUUUUGCUGGAAAGUUGACAUUUCUCCGACUAGACGGUGUACGAAACAUGCAAAUCGGACAAAAAGAAUUCAACUUGCUGGUGAAAAUAUUGAAGAGACGGAAUGGCGCAAUGAGAAUGGUAGUAACAGGCUGCCGUACGACGACUGGCUUCAAUGUACCGCAACAAAUCCAAGCGAAACAUCAAUCAGUCAUAGCAUUUGACUACAAAACCGACAACAGUGAUGGAUGCACGUGUGAACGCUGCACUGGAAACAUCAACACAAUCCAAAUUAAGGAGGAACCACAAGAAACUUACUAUACUUUUGAAAAGUAUUCAUAUUUGUGAAACACCAAUGUGUUUCGAUUUCAUUAAAAUUGUCUUAUUUUUGUAGUAUUCAACAAACCUCUCAUAUUGACAUAUUCACCAAAUUGAUUCAUUCAUUUAAAAAUAUAUGCAAAAGAAUUGCGAAUAGAAUUAAGUUUAGACGAGAAAAAAAACAUGACAACUCAAAGAUUUCAACAUAUGAACAGUUGAUCC